AGGUGGAGCACAUGGCCAACCUCGACGACACGCGUCAGGUGGUCAGCACCACCUAUAACACACCUAUUGGGCUCUACUCUUCUGGGAACAUCCAGGACGCCAUGGAGGGACAGAUGAAAGGAAUCGUUGCGCCCAAAUCCGAAAGCCCGAGGACGUUGGCUAACAUCGAGGACUCGGACGUCUAUCGCAUGCUGCAGAAGGACCAUGAGGAACCGGGAGAACCUCGACAGUCGGGAUCCUUCAAGGCGCUGCAGGAAUAUGUCGAGAGCGACGGCACUAAGCCGAUAGUGACCAGGACUGUUAAGCCCACCACCAAACCCAGCGCUCCCACCGGAAACCUGCAGAAACUUCCCAUCUGCGACAAGUGUGGAAACGGCAUUGUUGGUACAGUGGUGAAGGCUCGCGACAUGUUCCGCCACCCGACUUGCUUCGUGUGCGCCGACUGCGACGUCAAUCUGAAGCAGAAGGGUUAUUUCUUCGUGGAAGGCCAACUGUACUGCGAGACCCACGCCAGGGCCAGGAGCAGACCCCCACCCGAGAGUCACGACUUGUAGGGAAGGGACUCACCCACCGAGGGACACCGCCUGGUCACCGUUUUCCUGUCCAGCUAAAUGACAUCGCUUCCUGUUCACUAAUGUCCCCAUUUAUAGUUUUUGAUUCAUUA